ACAUACAAGGGCUAACUGAGAGAGAGAGAGAGAUAGAUAGAUACACGCAGUACACAAGAGUGAGUGGGUGAUUGAUUGGUGUGAUCAAGCAGUAAAAAUGGUGUCAAUCCCAAUACCGAGUCGGCAACUGUUCAUCGACGGCGAAUGGCGAGAAUCCGUUAACAGAAAACGGAUUCCGAUCAUCAACCCCGCCACCGAAGAAGCCAUUGGUGAUAUUCCAGCUGCUUCGGCUGAAGAUGUUGAUAUUGCAGUGGAAGCUGCUCGCAAAGCGUUCUUCAGAAAUGGUGGCAAAGAUUGGUCCUCCGCAACCGGGGCCCACAGAGCCAAGUAUUUACGAGCCAUCGCUGCUAAGAUUACAGAAAGGAAACUAGAACUAGCAAAACUUGAAUCACUUGAUUCUGGGAAACCAUUGGAAGAAGCGGCUUGGGAUAUGGAUGAUGUUGCUGGAUGUUUUGAAUAUUAUGCGGACAUUGCAGAGGCUUUGGAUUCAAAGCAAAAGAGUCCCAUUUCUUUACCAAUGGAAACAUUUACAUGUCAUACUUAUAAAGAACCCAUUGGAGUCGUUGGUUUGAUUACACCAUGGAACUACCCUUUGUUAAUGGCAACAUGGAAAGUUGCACCUGCCUUGGCAGCUGGAUGUACUGCUGUACUUAAACCGUCUGAAAUAGCAUCUGUUACUUGUUUGGAGUUGGCUGACGUUUGUAGGGAGGUGGGCCUUCCACCUGGUGUUCUCAACGUUUUGACUGGUUACGGCCCAGAAGCCGGUGCUCCUUUGGCUUCUCAUCCUCAUGUUGACAAGAUAGCGUUUACUGGGAGUAGUGCUACAGGAACCAAAAUUAUGACUGCUGCAGCCCAACUUGUGAAACCAGUUACACUUGAGCUUGGUGGAAAAAGUCCAAUUGUUGUAUUUGAGGAUGUUGAUCUCGAUCUAGCUGCUGAGUGGGCUCUCUUCGGCUGCUUUUGGACAAAUGGACAGAUAUGCAGUGCUACUUCUCGGCUUAUAGUGCAUGAAAGCAUUGCUGAAGCAUUUUUGGAGAAACUUGUGAAAUGGUGCGAAAAUAUUAAAAUAUCAGAACCCUUGGAGGAUGGCUGCAGGCUUGGUCCCGUUAUUAGUGAUGGGCAGUACGAGAAGGUGAUGAAGUUCAUUUCAACGGCUAAGGAAGAAGGGGCCACAAUCUUGUCCGGGGGUGCUCGCCCUCAGCAUUUGAAGAAAGGUUACUUUGUAAAACCAACUAUAAUUUCAAAUGUGAAAACAUCCAUGCAAAUAUGGAGAGAGGAAGUAUUUGGGCCAGUUCUUUGUGUUAAAACCUUUUCAACCGAAGAGGAAGCCAUCGAACUAGCAAACGACACACAUUAUGGCUUGGCUGCUGCUGUAUUAUCCCGAGAUCUGGAAAGAUGUGAGCGAAUGACUAAGGCAUUUCAAGUAGGCAUUGUAUGGGUCAACUGCUCACAGCCAUGCUUCACUCAAGCUCCUUGGGGAGGCAAAAAGCGUAGUGGUUUUGGUCGUGAACUUGGCGAAGGGGGAAUCGACAACUACUUGAGCGUAAAACAGGUGACGCAAUAUAUUUCUAGUGAUCCUUGGGGUUGGUAUACUUCUCCUUCCAAGCUAUGAAAAUGUUUUCCUGGUUCAAUGAGUUCAAAAGCAUCGGCAAAUAUGUAGAAUAAGGCUUCUAUGAUGGUGAAAGAUGACAACCUUGUGUAAUAGAACCACUACUUUUUUCGAAGAUGGAAUAUUUGGAAGAAUACUCGGAGUAAAAGUCGGUUUUAUUGUCUUAUUAUAUCCUUUUGUUAUGGUAAUGACAUUUGGUUUGAGCUUCUUAGAGGUCUAUUGUGACUGAUUUGAACAAAUAAAUCAUAUUCACGAGCAUGGGUUCACAUUUUUCGAGCUAGAGCGAGUUUGUGAGGAUCGUGAGUUGGCUUA